AUGAUGAAAGCACAGAACGAAGCUGAGCUUGCCGCCGCUAAAGAGAUUGCCAAAGGGAUGAAGAGUAAAGGAGGAGAUAGCGAGGGAAGCCAGCCCACUGCCCCAGAAGGCAAUGGCGAUGAUGAAGCUUUCUUCGAUUCUAUCGAGAAGGAAUUGACCAACGACGUCAAUACCAGCAUGAAUACCGUCUCGUCUGGUGGCUACGCCUCCGCAAGUGGUGGUGCCGGUGAAGGUGUCUCUCCCUCUGUCUCUGUCACUAGCAAUGGAACGGUCAAGAAUGAAGGCUACAAGAGUGACGAGGAAUCCUUGGUUUCUAUUCAGUCGAAUGACUCUGUGUUUGACAGCAACUAG